UUAAAGUGAACUACUGUAUAAAUUAAAAUGUCUUUAGCAUACAAAGAGUGACCAAACUAAUUGUAAGCAUUGAAAAACAAUUUGUACAGCCAUUGCCCCUCCUUUAUAAAGUGUGGCACUGAAUUACCUCCGGAAGACCAGGAAGAGGAGUUUAAGGAGGAAUACUAGCAGGAGUCUCAAGCAGAGAAUUCGGGUGGCCAUGAGAACAGCCAGGCGGGCCAGCACCAUGGAGGUGCCCUCUUUCUUGAGGCAGCUGGUGAGGGAAACUGAGAAGAUGGUUACGUUUUUCUUUAAGGGUGGGCGAAGGCACCCAGAAACUGAUGAUGAUGAUGACUUUGAGAAUGAAGAGGACAUUCCCAGCCCCUACCUACACAGGCCAGUUUUGGAGAAGGACACGGAAGAGGGGGGCUCAAAAUGGGGAAUUAACUAUGCCAUGGCCAGUAUGCAGGGCUGGCGUGCCCAGAUGGAGGAUGCCCACACCUGCAUGCCAGAGAUGGCUGAUGGGUUUCCAGACUGGAGCUAUUUCGCGGUGUAUGAUGGACAUGCGGGGAGGACAGUGGCUCAGUAUUGCUCUGGAAACCUGUUGGAUUUUAUUCUUGACACAGGUGGUGUAACGGUGGAUGAGGAUGUAGAACAUGUCAAAGAAGGCAUCAGAGAUGGAUUCCUUGGCAUUGACCGACACAUGCACACCCUAGCCCGCAAUGAGAGCUGGGACCGCAGCGGUUCAACGGCAGCUGCUGUUAUGAUCUCUCCACGGAACAUCUACUUCAUCAACUGCGGCGAUUCACGGACCUUCCUCUGCCGGAAUGGCCAGGUGGUCUUCUAUACGGAGGACCACAAACCCUUCAACCCACGUGAGAAAGAGCGCAUCCAGAAUGCUGGCGGAUCCGUCACCCUGCAGCGCAUUAAUGGCUCUCUGGCCGUGUCACGGGCUCUUGGUGACUUCGACUUUAAGGAAGUGGAAUGGAGGGCUCAGACCGAACAGUUGGUGUCACCUGAACCAGAGGUAUAUGAGCUAGAGCGGACUCCCGAAGAUGAGUUCUUGGUAGUGGCGUGUGAUGGUGUCUGGGACGCCAUCGGUAAUGAGGAGCUGUGUGCGUUUGUGCGCAACCGCCUUCAGGUCUGUGAUGAUCUGAGGGACAUCUGUGCACAGGUCAUUGAUCUCUGCAUAUACAAGGGAAGUUUAGACAACAUCAGUGUCAUCAUCAUCUGCUUUGAUGGCGCCCCCAAGGUUACACCAGAGGCACAGCAACAUGAGGCAGAGCUGGAGAAAAUCAUUGAGCAAAAAGUGGAAGAGAUCAUUCACAUAAUCAGAGCUAAAGAUCAGGAACUUGACCUGCUCUACGUGAUGAAAUUCCUGGCGUCUGAGAACAUUCCAGGUCUUCCACCAGGGGCGGCAUUUCAUGCAAGAAAGAUUGCAUAAUUGCCGCAUAUCAAAAAUAUGCAGCAGCCUUUUGAUCUCUUGAGCCAAUGGAAGGUGGUGGCUUUGAUGAUUUCAACUAGUGGCGGUUUCCCUGGAAAUGGAAUCAAGCCUUGCAUCUCUGUAGACAUAAUAAUCAGUUAGAGGAGGACAUUCCUGUGCCACCUGGUUUACAGAUGUCAAACUGUUUAUCCAAACUGUUCCUUUUUUUUAAUCAAUGUUGUUUAUUGUAAACAGGAACAGGAUGUAGAGGUGAAAUGAUCAAAGACUUUCACGAAUGCAAAGCAUUCUACAUAGCCAUAGUUAAAGUUGCACUGCUAAAAAAACAUUUACUCCUUAAAGGUGCACUCAGUCAUUUUUUUAAGUACGUUGAAGUGACUUAAAUUGGCUUACAGUGACACUUGGUGCCUGGAAGCUGCAUCAUUAAAAUACAGUAGUUUUCAUUUACCAAUGCCAUUGUAGAAAUGCACUAUGCACAGUAAGACAGUAUUAGUUCAAUCCAUGAAUGAAAGUAUCCAAUAACAGGGCAGUUACUGAGAUUAAGUGACUAGUAUUCAGCUGGUCAUGUGAUGCUUACAUGGCUGCCCCUAUGAGGUGCCCCUGCCCCAUGUAGAAUAAAAUAUAUUUUAUAAGGCUACUGAUAUGACUGAACUCUUCAUCUCACAUGAAUGGUCAUGAUUCCAUACAUACAGCUCUGGAAAAAAUUAAGUACUACUGCAAAAUUAUCAGUUUCUCUUACUAUUUGUAGGCAUGAGUUUGAGUAAAAUGAAAUUUUUAGUUUUAUUCUAUAAAGUAUUGACAACAUUUCUUUCAAAUUCCAAAUAAACAUUGUUAUUUAGAACAUUUAUAUGCAGAAAAUUACAACUGGUCAACAUAACCAAAAAGUUGCAGUUUUGUGUUUUCAGACCUCAAAUGAUGCAAAGAAAACAAGAUCAUAUUCAUUUAAAAACAACACAAUAUUAAUGUUUAAACUUAAGAUUUCAGAAAUCAAUAUUUGGUGGAAUAACCCUGAUUUUCAAUCACAGCUUUAAUGCAUGUUGGCAUGCUCUCUACCAGUCUUUCACAUUGCUGUUGGGUGACUUUAUGCCACUCCUGGUGCAAAAAUUCAAGCUCUUUGUUUGAUGGCUUGUGGCCAUCCAUCUUCCUCUUGAUCACAUUCCAGAGGUUUUUAAUGGGGUUCAGGUCUGGAGGAUCAACGAUGAUCUGGGGGUGCUUCAGCAAGGCUGGAAUCGGGCAGAUUCGUCUUUGUGAAGGACGGAUGAAACAAGCCACGUACAAGGUUAUCCUGGAAGAAAACUUGCUUCCUUCUGCUCUGACAAUGUUCCCAAACACUGAGGAUUGGUCUUUCCAGCUGUAAUGUCUGAAAGGACAUCACGAGAGCUGGAUCUAUGUGCAGCAAGUUUUUAAUGAUAAAAGAAUCAAUCAAAAUACUGAAACCACCAAAAACUAGGAUGGUCAAAACGUAAACAAAAAAGAACUAACCAUAAACUAGAGAAUCACACGCAUAAACAUAACAACUUGCAAAGACUGUACAGAAAUCAGGGCAUUUUAUACACAAGGGAUAAUGAGUUAAUGAAACACAGGUGAGGGCAAUCGAGGACAGCUGGCAGUGAUGAGGGCAGGGAAUUAUGGGAAGUAUAGUCCGGAAGGAACAGAUGACAGGGAAGAAACACAAAGCAAACAACAGUGAAUCGUGACACCAGCAGCACAAUGCUCCAUGCCACACAGCCAUGUCAUUCAAGGUGUGGAUGGAUAUUUUUAUUUGGAAUUUGGGAGAAAUGUUGUCAGUACUUUAAAGAAUAAAACAACACAUUUUCAUUUUACUCAAUCACAUACCUGUAAACAGCAAAUCCAGUGGUCUCUUAAUUUUUUUCAAGAGCUGUAUGUUUCUAUAUUACUAUUCAUUUCUGUAGAAGUAAAACUUUUUAAAUGAGGAAUAAAAUGAGUGCUUAGAAACAAAUAGCAACUUUGAAACGUGUAUAAAAUAUGAAUCGUCCAAUUAUAUCAUUAACCUUAUAAAAGCUAUUUUAUUCUACAUGUAGAGGGUCCCCUCAUGGGGGCUGCCAUUAUGCCAUGUUAUGGUCACAUUACCAGCCAAUACAACUCACAUAAUCUCAGUAACCCCCUUAUUAUGGAAGAUUUUUACACGUUAUUAAAUUAAUCAAGGCUAAUGUCUCGGGUUACUUAACUGUAACCCCUGUUCCCUGAUAAAAGUGGAAUGAGAUGCUGAUAAAAGUGGAAUGAGAUGCUGAUAAAAGCGGAAUGAGAUGCUGCUCUGAUUUAGCGCUUUGGGAACAACUUUAGGUGUGACCAGCAGUCUCUACGAGGGGGAGCACGACUCGCCAGGCUUUGUUUCUGAGCCUGCCUUCUAGAAGUACCGGGGUGGGGCUGGGUGGCCGACGGCCCCUCCCCCUGAGUGCAGCGAGGAAGGAAUUGCCCGAAGGGUUCCUCGUGACUUUUCACCUCCUGGAACUUGGUGAUAACUACAUUCAUAGAUACAUACAUUCAUCACCAAAUAAGCCAGAAGGCGAAACCGGGGCAUCAAGAAGGAAAACUUUGUCCUUGUCCUUGUCUCUGAUGCCCGACAGGUUGAGCCAUAAGUGUCUCUCCAUGCUGACUAAAGCCAACAUAGACCGGCCAAAGGCACGGGCCGUCUGCUUGGUCGUGCGGAGAGACAGAUCCUCGAUGAAGCUCAGAGAAAGCCUCUUCGUCGACCGUGGUGCCCGCACUCAGGUCCUUCAACAGAUCAGCCCAACACACACAGAAUGAUCUGAAGACAAAAGAUCUGACGAUGCACCUGUCACGCAUCUAUUUAUAGCCCUUCUACAGGUGCAUCCAAUGAUGUCAUCAGCAGAAGCUAAAAAAUUCUGGUCAAUUUCAUUGACGUGUUGCACACAUAUUCACAGCUGGUCACACCUUAAGUUGUUCCCAAAGCGCUAAAUCAGUGCAGCAUCAAAGUGUAGCUUUUUGACAGGGAACUGUGAAUAGUGAAUUUCUACAAAUGAUGCCACAUCCACGUCACUAGGUAUCAGUAAGUCCAUGACGUCAUGCAUUAACCUGUUUAUAUGCAUUUCCCCACAUGCGGUGGUGACGUCACUCUGCUUACGUUUAAUAUAUAAUUUACCGUCUAUAAAUGUAAUGAAUGUUAACAAAUUAUACAUCUUGUCAAAGGUCUAAGGGUUCAUCAUUGAUAUCAUUAUUCGAUCUGUUUCACGAUAGCAAUGCUCCAGAAACAGCAAUUUAGUUAUUUGUGCCAGGAGUACAAAUUAAUCAUGCAGCAUCAAAACGGGACUUCACCUUUAUGAAAACGCGAUCGCCAUACUUGGGUCAAUUGUCCAUGACAAGCGUUCACUGAAAAACAUCCAAUAGCACUUUUUGUCCAUAAAAGUGAUAAAGCUGAGAAAUAUUGAUAUAUUCUCCAUUGUUUACAUGAGAUCUCACCUGAAAGAAUUACCCUUCGUCGUCGUUCUUCAUCAGCGUAUGCAAUCUGAGCCACAUUCAUCAAAACUGUAUAUUAUCUUAUAUAUUAGAAUCCCGUAAACAAAAUGAGCCUGUCUCCAAAGUCUGUUUUUAAAAAUGCAGUAUAGUUUUAUUCAUAAUAGCCGAGAAGUGUGGUCAGACUUUGUGUCUUUUGAAUUUUACUCUGUAUACCGGCAGCGAUUUUCAGAGAAAAAAGCUUGCAAGAACCUCAUUUUUUGUUAGAUCAUCUUCAAAUUUGAAACGUAACUUCUUUAGACUUGUGGCUUUGAGAUCUUUGUAUUUAUGGGUUGUCUUGAUACUUUUAUUUUUGUUUUUUAGAUUAUAAAAACAUGAUCAGCACAAAAUAUUUCCAAUACUAUAAACUUCAUCUUCUCUAACUUGAAAAAUAUAACAACAUAUAUUAAUUCUGACACUUGUGUAAUAAAGCCCAAAGUGUCUUCUUUCAAAAGAUACUACAACUGUGUCCAUACUCCAAAGGGUCCAGUAAAUACAACCAUUUAAGUCAUUUUCAUGGUUUGUGCUCAAAAAGGGGGUGCAUAUCAACAGGUUAAAAAAUACUGAGUGCACCUUUAAAGAUUCUGUACUUCUUGUCAGAGCCGGCCCAAGGCAUAAGCGAACUAAGCGGCUGCUUAGGGCCCCGGUGGCCACCAGGGGGCCCCCAAGAGCACAUCUUUUUUUUUUUUUUUUUUUUGUGAUUAUACUGUCAAUGGACAAUGGUAAUUAUACAAAAACGCAAUAUUAAAUGCAAUAUUAUGUUAACGGGCUGCAGGAUGCAAGCACAUUCAGACAGCAAAACAGCAAUGUCACAAAAAAGGACAUCCUCUGGUGCAAAGAAAAGGAAAAAGAAGAAAACAGAGGAAGAGAAAAAACAGCACGAUAAAGGUAUUAAGUAGCUGGCUAUGUUACGAGCUAACAUUAGCUGGCUUGUUAGUUAACAUAGCCUAUGUUGCAUAUCUUCUUUUUUUAGGAAAGUUUGAUUAAUCAUCUGUAAAUAGCCUUGACAUCUUAAUAUAUUAUUAGUAGCCUACAACAUAUUACUUAGCUAGUUUUAGAUAAAAAUUUUUGUCUUCUGUGUAAAAAUAACUUUCCUGGGUAUUUAUUUUUGUAAUAAAAAUAAGCUUCUGUUCCAUAAACUUUUUACUGAUAACAACUUAACAUUAUUUACAUUAGUCUACCAUUUUGGGGUCUUUGCUAUUAUAUUCCAAUAUCAUUAUGCCUCAAUUAGCUAGUUAUAGAUUAAGAGUUGUUGUUUAGGUGUACAGAUGGCUUGCUGUUGUGUUUAAUAAUUUGUGUUGAGAAAAUAACAUAUUUUGUCAAAUAUUCUGUCAAAUAUGUACUCUUAUGAAACUUCCCUAGGAGCACUGUUGAAAUAUUUUGGACGUGGGGCACAACCAAUGCCACCUGCCCCAAGUGCCUGUGCUACAGCUGAUGAUGAUUUUUCAACAAUCCCAGAUCAUUAUAUUUAUAUGGAUAAACCAUGCCUUUGUUUUGACAGACAGUUGCAUUACCUUCUAAUAUGACAUCUAACAUGGCUAGCUUUUAUUAUUAUUAUUUUCAUCUUUCAUCAGGUCCAUCCACUGCAGGCGAGGAGCACUUCCCAAUACGUGCAUCCACUGAUAGAAUAGAAUAGAAUCAGUUUUAUUGCCAAGUAUGCUUACACAUUCAAGAAAUUUGUCUUGGUGACAGAAGCUUCCAGUGUACAACAAUACAAACAAUACCAAAAACAGCAGCAAGACAUAGGUAAUUAACAAAAAACAAAAAAGAAUACAAUAUAAAUAGUUAUACAUAUACGUACAUACACUCACCUUCAUACAUACCCACAUACACACACACACACGUAGUGCAGUGAUGUGGUCAUCUAUCCUGUCUGACUCAGAAAGGACUGAUCUGGUAAGCAGAGGGCCACUCCCUAUAAAGGAAAACUUCACAUUCCCUGAAAAACCUGAUGGCCGAAGCUUCCACUACACCAACAGAAAGUUAAUUAAUGGGGAAAAAAUGUAAGUGGAGCUGGCUCACUUAUUCAAAAAGAAAUGAUACCGUCUUCAGCUUCUGCUGCUAAUUGUUCUCUAGGAAGUACACAAAACUGGUAACGGAGGAUCAACAGGAUUGGGUAAAUAUAGGUGUGCUACUGUUACAUUUAAAACCAUAGAAGGGUGAAAUCAUGCCAGGCAGACAUUGGUAUGUUGUAAGCAACACAGCUACAACUAAUAAAAUUGAUAAGGGGUGUGUUAGAUUUAUAGUGUGCGAAUAAUCAAGCAUUGACAAUAUUCAAUCAUAUUGGCGGCACCGAGGGGCCCCCCCAAAUCAAAUUCUGCUUAGGGCCCCAUAAAGGCUUGGGCCGGCCCUGCUUCUUGUGGAACUCUUUCAAUUGAUUUACUUUACAAACUAAAACUUUUAAAAAUUAAUAUCUAAUAAUCCUUUUACAGAACAUUGUGCUUCUGGAUUGUUUCACAGUUAACAGGGUUAAAAAUGGUUUAGCAUCGUUCAACAAGAUUUUUAUUAUUUGCACAGAUGUGUAACUAUACAAUGCUUGUCUAUGUUGAUUGAUAUUUAGUUCUCUAUCUUACAUCUGUAUAGAUGCCUUUGCCUCCUCUAUUACAACCUGUUUUUGUUGCUAGUUUUUAUAUAUAUAAACUAGCAACAAAAACAGGUUGUAAUAGAGGAUAUAAUAUUAUUAUUUUUUUUUUUUUUAAUUAUGAUUUUUAUGACUCAAAUGCACCAAUAAAGAUGUGAUUGAAGAGGUUUAUUUUGUUUCAGAGCAUUUUCUCUUUAUCUCUCUAUGCCAGUUUGUAAGUGUUUGUUGUUAUGAGAUCCGAAGUG